GACUUUGCGACAAGUCGUCAGAAGAAAUCGCCAGAGAGAGCAGACCGAUGGCUCCCGUCGUUCAGCGUCAACUACAUUAGAAACUGUUCUAAUUUUACUGCUGAUUUAUUGGAGUGGUGCUAUGUCUUCGGGAAUGACUGGACAAACACCGUGCCUUUCCAGCCGAUGGGAUAAGACAGCCCAACCUAAACAAAGUUUAGAUGUGAGGCAGCAGAGGAGUAGUGAAAAUGCAGCCCACUCUGUCUCUUUAUCAGGAGUUGUCAGCACUGCCGGUUCAAACAGCACCGUUUCACAGCCACCACAAACGGGAGAAAAGCCAGCACCUCAGGGAGGAGUUGAAAUGGCUGCGGCCAUGGCUGCUAAAAUAAAUGCCAUGUUAAUGGCAAAAGGAAAGCUGUUGACUCCUCCACCGUUACUUGCAAAGACCCCACCAAGUGUGUGUGUGCCAACCACUACAGAAGAAAUGGUGGUCACAGAGGUUGACAUAAACGAUGUACCGCUAACUUGCAGGGACCUUCUUACUAAAGGCAAAACACAGGAGGAGAUCCGACAGUUUAGUGGAGCAAUCGUCUCAACGAAAGGUCAUUACAUGUCUGACGCCGAAAAGGGAAAAGCAGGACAAAGACCUUUGUAUUUGCAUGUCCAUGGAAAGAACCAUGGGCAGGUCAAUAAGGCUGUGCUGAGGAUAAAGGAGAUCAUCUCUGAAGACCUGUUGAGGGCCUCCGCAGCAUCAGGACAGCAGAUGCCUGUAAUGCCUCCGCUCACACUCUACCCUCAGCCUCCUCGGCCUGUCAUUACCCCACCCGUGCCACGGAUGCCCAACACAACCUCAGUGCCAGGACAUCGGCCUGCAGCUCCUCAUUCAGGGGUAGUGAAUGAAAAGGUUGAGGGUCCUGGAGGUUCGUACCUGAGUCACAUCCAGGCAGAGACGGGGGCUCGAGUCUUUCUCAGGGGAAAAGGUUCUGGCUACAUCGAACAAGCAUCAAAACGAGAGUCCUUUGAGCCUCUUUAUGUCUACAUCAGCCACCCAAAUUCAGCUGGAUUGGAGUCAGCGAAGAAACUCACUGAGAGUCUGCUGGAAACUGUAAGGGAUGAAAAUGCCCGUAUGGCGUCGAUGUACACAGCCACUGGCUCAACACAACCAUACGCAGCACAUGGAUUUCCACCUAAUAGCAAUUACUCUAGCCAGGGGUCCUGGUAUAACUACCCAGCAAAUGGGUAUGCUGGCGGCUAUUCAGCGUACUCAGGAGCCAGUGGUUAUUGGAGUAAUGCAAAUGGUCCCCCAAGUCAUUCUAACAUGUCGACAAACCCUCCAUCUUCUCAGGCAAUGGUUCAGUAUCCGGUGUGUCCUAGGAAACCCCAUCCUUAUCUCGUCCAGCAUCCUGGCAGCAGUGAGACCGUGGCGCCUGAAGGAUCUUUAAGCACCCCACCUGACCCAGGAAGUCCCAGACGUCAUUUCCAGGAGGGGUCUCAGGAAGAACAGCCUACUAGCAAAUCUCCAGAGGGGCCUGCUCAUCAAGAGUCUGCACUUCCUGCCUCCAGUGUUGGAGAAGAGAAAGUAGUAGAAAGGAUUCUGAUGCCCCCACCGCCACCCCUCUUUGUGGCUCCUGCCCCAGUUGCACGCAAAAGGCCGAGAGACACGGCGGCAGAAGAUCCAGUCAGUCUGCCUGGCAUUGGCGCCUCAAUGGGUGUUCAAGAGGAGCUGUGCGAAAAGAAGUCUAAAGUGGACGAAUCGGGGCUUGUGCCCUAUGAAGGAGACUCCUCAGAUGAAGAGGAGGAGAGGACACACAGCAGUAAGACAGAUAACUCAUAACCCCUGCCCUGCCCCAUCCCCCCUGUCCAGGAAUCCCACAGACCCAAAGUCUACAUUCAGUAAAUUAAUAUAGUUCUCAAACCCAAACCCCAAUAAAAGGAAAAAUCCACCCUUGCAUUUUCAAACACUGUUUUAGGACUAUACCAGUGUUUUACCCCAUUUACUUGAAAUAACAAAUAUAGUAUUGAUGAGCACUUACCAAGCAAGCAGACAGUUUUCCAUUCAUCUCAGUAUGGCACUUAAGGCCAAUUUAUGCUCCUGUGCUAAAUCUACGGCGUGGGUACGUACGUAGGUACCUGGAGAUACGGACCCUACACUGUAGCCUGACGUGCACCUCCUUAAAAAUGUAGCUACAUGUCACGGCGACAUAGACCACAACAAUGUCACAUUUCCCCCUACUCAUUUCAUGCUUCUUCAUAAACAAGAAAUCAAGAAGAGGGUACAUUUUUCCUGCUACAGAUUCCUGACCGUGGUCAGAAAGCACAGGGGAGACACUUUCUUUCUCCCACUAUGCCUCUAGAGUUAGUACUCGCUCCAAAGCUAAUCACAGUCACUCUCUCACUCGCUCUACCACACACUCUGGCCCUGCUAUUCUCCCUGCGAUAGAGAUUGACCCAGACACCAAUGCACAAGUAUAAAAGCUCUGCGUAGAGCCCCCACAGAAGCAUAAAUCCAGCUUUAGGGACACUUGGUUGACAUUUCUGGUAUGACUUUUAUGUACUGAAAUCCAUUUUAGGACUUAAAGACAGAUGACCAAGCUUCAUACACUGAGGAGGUUGACAAUCUUUAUACAGCGUUAAUGUAAAGUACAGAUUAUUUGUAGUAAACUGGGUGAAGAUGCAAAAAACACUGGUAUGGUCUUUGAAUUCCCACUUUCUGAUGUUUGGUGCUUUCCUGGACUCUUAAGGAAGAAAGGUUUUAAUUGUCUUGUCCUGUUGUAGGUUUUGCUUUGUGUACUUCCGUUUCAGUUAGUGUUUUUAUUUUUCUCCCUGAAUGCCUUUCUGUAACCGCUCACACAAUGGGUGUGAACCUGUUGGUUUUAGUCAAAGGUGGGCAUAUUUAAAUGUAUGCCCAACUUUAUAGCAACUGUAUAUAUUGAUAAUCUGCCAACUAGUUUCAUUGUGCAUAUGUUUGUAGCCACAUGUCUUAAAAUGCAGCACAUCUUGUGGCUUCAUGCUCGUUAGGGAAGUUUGAGGUUUUGGUUUUAAAAAACAAAUUCCUUUUUACGGUGUCUUUCUUCCUUGUGUUACUGUGGUCUUGAUAGAAGCCUUUUUUUUUUUUUAAUUCCAAGGGUCUCCCUCUAAAACGUGCACUUACCAGUUUCUUAAAUACAGAGACAUUUUUUGUUGGCAAAAUAUAUAUCUCUAUUAAACAAAAUAUUCACGUUUUACAGUGUGGAAGUAUUCAGGGUGGAUUUUUCCUUUUUUAAAGAUGUGAAUACUUUAUAAAUAUUUUUAUUUCUUAAAACAAACUUCUUUGGUUAAUCAAAAACAAGCCCCUUAUUUCUUUCUUUUUUUUAAUUUGAACACUUGGUCUGCUGCAAGUUACUGAUGCUAUAAAUACAUAUUGUAAAAUUCAGUUUAACUUUUUUCAUAUCUUGGAAAAUGGUGUAUGCCUGUUCCCAUGGAAUACUAUAAUAAACCACCUAAAAACCU